AUGAAGAUAUUUGUACAAGCUGUAGAUUACAGACUUUGGAAGAUUAUUCUAGAAGGACCUCAAUUUCCAACUACCACAAAUGCUGAAGGAGUGGUCACCCUCAAACCAGAAGCGAGAUGGACCGAGGAAGAUAGGAAGAAGGUAGAGUUAAAUGCCAAGGCAGUAAAUCUGCUCAACUGUGCUGUCAGCUUUGAGGAGUACCGACGGGUAUCACGAUGCACAACAGCAAAGAAAAUCUGGGACAAGCUACAAAUCACUCAUAAAGGAACCACCAUUGUAAAGAAGACUCGAACAGACAUGUUGAACAGAGAAUAUGAAAUGUUUACAAUGAAGGAAGGAGAGUCCAUUGAUGAACUGUUCGAACGGUUCAACACUAUCAUUGUUGGCUUAGAAGUUCUGGGAAUUUCACAUUCUGAAUCUGUGCUAGAAAAUGAUGAAACUCAAGGGCAAAGGCAGCAGCUCAAGAAGGAUGAAGAAAGAUCUUAG